UCCGCCGCCGCCUGCUCCGGCCGGACCGGGUCAGAGCCGGAGCAUGGAACCUGGGGAGCCCCGGGAGCCCCGCGAGCCCGGGCCGGGAGCAGAGACCGCCGCGGCCCCGCGCUGGAAGGAAGCCAAGAGUUUCUACGAUAACCUUACGCCCAAGAAGAAACCCAAAUCGCCCAAGCCUCAGAAUGCAGUCACAAUUGCGGUGUCCUCCCGAGCCUUGUUCCGCAUGGACGAGGAGCAGCGAAUCUACACAGAGCAGGGCGUGGAGGAGUAUGUGCGCUACCAGCUGGAACACGAGAACGAGCCCUUCAACCCCGGGCCAGCCUUCCCCUUCGUAAAGGCUCUAGAGGCUGUGAACAGGCGGCUACGGGAGCUGUACCCUGAUAGUGAGGACCUCUUCGACAUCGUCCUCAUGACCAACAACCAUGCACAAGUGGGAGUCCGUCUCAUCAACAGUAUCAACCACUAUGACCUGUUCAUCGAGAGGUUCUGUAUGACUGGUGGGAAUAGCCCCAUCUGCUACCUCAAGGCCUAUCACACCAACCUCUACUUGUCAGCUGAUGCGGAAAAAGUUCAGGAAGCCAUCGAUGAGGGGAUUGCAGCUGCCACCAUCUUCAGCCCCAGCAAGGACAUGGCUGUGUCUCAGAGUCAACUGCGUGUGGCCUUUGAUGGGGAUGCUGUCCUCUUCUCAGAUGAGUCAGAGCGCAUUGUCAAGGCCCAUGGACUGGACCGAUUCUUUGAGCAUGAGAAGGCCCACGAGAACAAACCUUUGGCCCAGGGCCCCUUAAAGGGCUUUCUGGAAGCGCUGGGUAGGCUGCAGAAGAAGUUCUACUCCAAGGGCCUGCGGCUGGAGUGCCCGAUCCGCACCUACUUGGUGACAGCACGCAGUGCAGCCAGUUCUGGGGCCCGGGCUCUCAAGACCUUGCGCAGCUGGGGCCUGGAGACAGAUGAGGCCUUGUUCUUAGCUGGAGCACCCAAGGGCCCCCUCCUCGAGAAGAUCCGCCCACACAUCUUCUUUGAUGACCAGAUGUUCCAUGUGGCUGGGGCUCAGGAGAUGGGCACUGUGGCCGCCCAUGUGCCUUAUGGUGUGGCACAGACACCCCGGAGGCCUGCACCUACAAAGCAGGCCCCAUCUGCACAGUAGCUGAGCCACCAGCUUUUUGAUCCACUUUACUCCACCGGGCUCCCUGUCAUACUU